AACAUCAGUAACUCUUUCCACAGAGCAAGCACUGAGUAAAUCAAAUCAACAGUGGUGUAAGAAAGGCUCACUCACUUGACACCCUGGACUAUACUCACUACAGUCUAAGGUUUACCAAGUAGACGGCACCCAAGGAGGGGUUACGGAGAGCCUCCUUGUGGUUGCCCACUCUCAGCAAUGCGGGGUGGGGCUGGGGUUAGAGGUGGCUCCAGUUAGUCUUAGGCAAAACUAUAAAGUAGCAAAAGUGGCCUUUCCUCUCUUUCUGGUGGAAGAGUCUGGAGACAACAAUCAGAAAUGGCACCUUGCAAGGGCACGGAAAAGAAGGAGGAACAGGUCAUCAGCCUCGGACCUCAGGUGGCUGAAGGAGAGAAUGUAUCUGGUGUCUGCCACAUCUUUGCAUCCUUCAGUGAUACCUUUGUCCAUGUUACCGAUCUUUCUGGCAAGGAAACCAUCUGCCGAGUGACUGGUGGAAUGAAGGUGAAGGCUGACCGAGAGGAGUCCUCUCCAUAUGCAGCCAUGUUGGCUGCCCAGGAUGUGGCCAAGAGGAGCAAGGAGCUGGGCAUCACUGCCCUGCAUAUCAAACUCUGGGCCACAGGAGGAAACAGGACCAAGGCCCCUGGACCUGGAGCCCAGUCAGCCCUCAGAGCUCUUGCUCGCUCUGGGAUGAAGAUUGGGCAGAUUGAGGAUGUCACCUCCAUCCCCUCUGACAGCACUCAAAGGAAGAAGGGUUGUUGUGGUCGUUGUCUGUGA